AUGCUCGAGCUCUAUGGGUGCUCGGCUGUGUCUGCAACCAGACGGGACUCCCUCUUGCAGAGUAUACAGCAAAGAUGCCCCAGGGUUGUCUCCGUCGAUGCAGUAUUCGUCCAUUUGAUCGACUCCCCAGAUGAUAGUCUGCUUGGAUCAGCGACAAAAGAGAAACAAAUCCUGGACAGGCUCAUUCAGUAUGGUGACGACAUCACGCUUCCUGGAACAGUCGACGCUUUGCGCGGGGGCAGGAAUGUGGUAUAUGUCUUGCCUCGGCCGGGUUCUGUGUCUCCUUGGUCAAGCAAGGCCACUGACAUCGCGCAUAUAUGCGGCUUGAAGAGCCUUAUCAGACGCAUCGAGCGAGGAGUUGUCUUUGUCCUCCAGGUCGCAGGAUCUAGCAUCACUGCUGAGGACGUCGCCUCGUUCGCUGAGCUCUUGCACGACCGCAUGACCCAAGUGAUUCAGCUCGUCCAUCCUGAUCCUGAGGCGUUAUUUUCACGCAAGUCUGCGGCUGCUCUCGUCACGAUAGAUCUCCUGGCUGGUCAUACGGAUGGCCAAACCGCCCGCGAAAAGCUGGUUGCUGCCAACAAGACUCUCGGACUCGCACUUUCCACGGACGAGAUCGACUACCUCGUAGAUGCAUUUGUAUCCGGUACAUCUCCGAUUAAUCGCAACCCCACCGACGCCGAGCUAUUCAUGUUCGCUCAAGUUAACUCCGAGCACUGUCGGCAUAAAAUCUUCAAUGCGUCUUGGACUAUCGACGGGCAGCAGCAGGAGACAUCUCUUUUCCAGAUGAUCAGGAAUACGGAGAAGUUAUGCGGGAAAGGCACCAUCUCUGCGUACUCCGACAAUGCUGCUGUCUUCGAGGGGCCCACUGCCCCGAGGUUUGGUAUCUCGCGCGGCGAGCAAAACCAGCCCCUAUAUACGUCUCAUGUUGAAGACAUGCCUAUUCUCGCAAAGGUGGAGACCCACAAUCACCCUACCGCUGUCUCUCCGUACCCUGGUGCAGCGACGGGAUCAGGUGGUGAAAUUCGCGACGAGGGUGCGGUCGGGCGCGGCUCGAAGCCUAAGGCGGGCCUCGCAGGUUUUACUGUUUCUAACCUGCUCAUCCCCGGGCACGAGCAACCUUGGGAGAGCGACUUCGGACGACCUGCACACAUCGCAUCCGCACUGGACAUCAUGACCGAAGGCCCGCUUGGCGCGAGCGCGUUCAACAACGAGUUCGGGCGGCCUGCACUAGCAGGCUACUUCCGCACCUUCGCAGAGCGGGUUCCUGCAGGCGCGGAGGGUCAGACCGAGGUGCGGGGCUACCACAAGCCCAUAAUGCUUGCGGGCGGGCUGGGGAACGUGCGACCUGCCUUUGCCUGUAAAUCGCGCAUAACUCCCGGCGCAAAGAUCAUCGUGCUUGGAGGACCAGGACUGUUGAUCGGACUCGGCGGAGGAGCGGCCAGCAGUCAGGUUUCCGGCGCCGGGUCUGCAGAGCUGGACUUCGCUAGCGUGCAGCGCGAAAAUGCGGAGAUGCAGCGGCGCUGCCAGCAGGUGAUCGACGCUUGCGUCAACUUGGGCGAAGGCAGCCCGAUUCAGUCCAUCCACGACGUUGGCGCAGGCGGGCUGUCGAAUGCGCUGCCAGAGCUCGUGCACGACUCAGACCUUGGUGCGGUCUUCGAGAUUCGCGACGUGCUCGUUGCCGACUCGAGUAUGUCGCCUAUGGAAAUCUGGUGCAACGAAAGUCAGGAACGUUACGUCUUGGCGAUCUCUCCUGAGAAGGAGGCGGAGUUCAGCGCGCUAGCCGUGCGUGAGCGAUGCCCGUUCUCUAUCGUGGGUGUUGCGACGGCAGAGGAGAAACUCAUCGUCACCGACCGCCUCUUGAAGACGGACGUCAUCCAUUUGAAUAUGUCAACGCUCUUCGGCAAGCCGCCCCGGAUGCAACGGACAGACGCCACUCGGAAGGUGCUAUACCGUCACUUUGACACCUCGCUCACACAGUACAUUCCUUCGGUUUUCACCGUGUCGGCCCGCAUUCAAGCGGCUGCAGAGCGCGUUCUGCGCCUGCCCUCGGUCGGUUCCAAGUCGUUUCUGAUCACCAUUGGUGAUCGUACUAUCACUGGUCUCGUUGCUCGCGACCAGAUGGUUGGCCCAUGGCAAGUCCCUGUUGCGGAUGUUGCUGUCACCCAAUCGUCGUAUGGGUUCGACGUCUCGUGUGGCGAAGCCAUGGCUGUGGGUGAGCGCACGCCUGUCGCACUGGUCGAUCCCGCUGCGUCCGCGCGCAUGGCUGUGGCCGAGUCGCUCAUGAACCUCGUGGCUGCCAACAUUGGUGCGCUUGAUCGGGUGAAGCUCAGUGCCAAUUGGAUGUGCGCUGCCUCGAAGGCGGGUGAAGGCGCAGCGUUGUAUGCUGCCGUAAAAGCUGUCGGAAUGGAGCUCUGCCCGGCGCUGGGUGUCGGCAUUCCCGUUGGCAAGGACUCCAUGUCUAUGUCCAUGAAAUGGCGCGAGGGCGACGACCAAUGUGAAGUUAGCUCGCCCCUGUCGCUCAUUGUCACGGCGUUCGCAGCGGUCGAGAAUGUCGGCGCGACUUGGACUCCGCAGCUCCGCACAGACGUUGGCGAGCCUACAGUGUUGGUGUUCUUCGAUUUGGCUGGUGGCAAACAGCGUUUGGGUGGAUCAGCUCUCACGCAAGUGUUCAAAGAAAUCGGCUCGGAGGCGCCGGACGUGGACGACCCAUCCAAGCUCAAGGCAUUCCUCGUCGGCUGCCAGCAGGUUCGGAAGCUUGAGCCGGGUCUCGUACUCGCCUAUCACGAUCGCUCAGACGGCGGCCUGUUUACGACUAUAGCUGAGAUGGCGUUCGCCGGUAGGGUUGGCGUAGAGAUCACUCUCGACAGUAUGAAGUCGGACAAUGACCCUAUUGCCGCGCUGUUCAACGAGGAGCUGGGUGCCAUCGUCCAGAUUCGCCACUCGCACUUGGCGCGCUUGAUCAGUGUCUUCGAGAGCGCUGGCUUCUCGUCGACAGACAUGCACUGCGUUGGCAAAGUCUAUGACAACGCCACUGACCAACCGUUUACCAUCACGCACAAGUCAUCUGUGCUCUUCGCUAGCACUCGUGCUCAUUUGCAGCAAGCGUGGGCAGAGACAUCUUUCCACAUGCAGUCAUUGCGGGACAAUCCGAUUUGCGCGCAGGAAGAAUUUGCCCUCAUCGGCGACCAUGGUCACGGAGGACUGUCCUACGACCUUUCUUUCACGUAUCAACCCUCUGUCGGCGUCUCUGUCCGACCGAAAGUGGCCAUUUUGCGAGAACAGGGUGUCAACGGCCAGAUAGAGAUGGCGUGGGCAUUCACUGCGGCUGGCUUUGACGCAAUCGAUGUUCACAUGUCUGACAUUCUGAACGGCUCCACCUCGCUGUCAGCGUUCCGUGGCCUUGCUGCUUGCGGAGGGUUCUCGUACGGCGACGUGCUUGGGGCAGGGAAGGGCUGGGCGAACUCAGUGUUGUUGAAUGAGGUGGCACGGGCGGAGUUUACGACAUUCUUCCGGCGCCCUGAUACAUUCUCUCUCGGCGUGUGCAAUGGCUGCCAGUUCAUGAGCCACCUGCACGAGAUCAUCCCUGGAGCGCAGGCAUGGCCAGAGUUCAAGCAGAACCGCAGCGAACGGUUCGAGGGUCGUGUCUGUAUGGUGGAGAUUGUCUCAGGAAGCAUUACGAAGAAUUCUGUAUUUCUGCACGACAUGGUGGGGUCCAAGCUGCCAGUAGCUGUCGCCCACGGGGAAGGUCGUGCGUCAUUCCGUACUACCGAAGACCGCGAUGCGCUGGUGUCCAAAGGAUUAGUGGCGAUGCGAUAUGUAGAUUCAAAAGGCUCGCCUACCGAGAUCUACCCGCUCAAUCCCAACGGCAGUCCCGGUGGUAUCACUGGCAUUCAGACUCCUGACGGUCGGGUCCUUGCGUUGAUGCCGCACCCAGAGCGAGUGACGAGACUCGAGAGCAAUAGUUGGUAUCCGCCUGUGUUCGAGGAUGUAUGGAAGGGGACUGGACCGUGGUUCAGGCUGUUCCAGAAUGCCCGCAGAUGGUGUGGCAACUGA